CUAGCCCCCCUCCUGCCAUUACCUCAUCCUGUGUGCUGGCUCCAGUCACCAAAACAAUAUAGUAGCGACACCUGGGACUGCGCUGCGUCUUUCCCUCCCGCCUGCCCGGCCCGCUCUUACUGCUGCAGGUGCUGCCGCCGCCGCUGAGUCGCUUUGCUUUGCUCGGAGGCUUCCGAAAGGGCUGGACAAGACUGUCCCAAUGGGUGGAGAAAGGAAGCCUCGCCAGGCCAUGCAAGCCCAAAAACUGGCAGGAAUACUGAGGGAGGACAGUGAAGGCGUCUUGGUUAUUGACUGCCGAUCCUUCACUGAAUACAACAACCUCCAUGUGGUCGGCUCGGUAAAUAUGUGUGGAUCCAAGUUGGCUCGCAAGCGCCUGCUGAAGCAACUGCUGGUCCUACCACAGCACCCCAAGGUUGACGAGAAGCAAGUGGUGGUGUAUGACCAGGGCAACCAGGAAUCCUCUGCAGGGCACUUUGUGUCUCUGCUACUGGGAAAGCUGGAGAAGAAGUACAGCUCUGUGUCACUUUUGGAAGGAGGCUUUUCAGAGUUCUCAUCUCAAUUCCCGACCUUGUGUGAGGGCCGCACGUCCAACAUCUUGAGCACCAGCAUAUCCCAGCCCUGCCUGUCCUCGUCUUCAGUCUCCGUCACCCGAAUAUUGCCUCAUCUCUACCUGGGCUCUCAGAAUGAUGUCAUGAACCAGGAGGUGAUUAAUCAGAAUGGCAUCACCCAUGUCCUGAACGUCAGUCAGAGCUGUCCGCAGCCAGUCUUCAUUCCCGACAACCACUUCCUACGCAUCCCCAUCAAUGACAGUUACUGUGAAAAGAUCCUGCCUUGGCUUACUGCGGCCGUGGAGUUCAUAGAAAAGAUUGAGUUGGUGAAUGGCAAAGUAUUGGUUCACUGUCUGGCUGGAAUCUCACGAUCGGCAGCUGUCGCCAUUGCUUAUAUCAUGAGGUCGAUGGGUCUAAGCCUGGAUGAUGCAUACAGGUUCGUAAAAGAGAAAAGACCCAGCAUCUCUCCCAACUUCAACUUCCUGGGACAGCUCCUAGAGUUUGAGAAGAGCCUCGCCAGCGCCGUGCCCUCUGGCCCCGUUAAAGCUUCUCACACGGACAGCCUGGCAGAGAGGAAGUUUUCAGAUCAUCACUGUGUUAAAGAGCAGGCAAACAAGGACACGUCUUGCCAAAACAACUGCCGCGACCUUGCAAGCACUCAGGGAGUAGCUGUCAAUGGCACCAAACUGGAUGACGGCCAUACAAAGUCAGAGUCCACCUCAUUGGAAGGCAGGUUUACUUCAAUGGGGAUCUCUUCAGACCAGCGCCGGGAAAUAAGCAGUUUAAAACGCUCCUUCUCGCUGGACAUUAAAUCUGUAUACACUCCUCUUUCCUCUGCCAUUGACAGACGCAUGGACUUUUGUCAGCACUCCAGGUCCCAGCUGGUACCGUCCCUCCCUGUUGCUUCGAGGCCUUUGGGACUCUGGGAUCGCUUUCUUGGCUUUGGACUUAAUUUUCUAUAUUACUGCUCAGAAGAGGAAGAGGUCCAGAAAAAGCUGGGCCAGAUAGAAAGACCAAUGGGGGCCUUUCAGCAACAAGAUGUGCCGGAAAAUCUGAAAAAGCGACGGGCAGGUAUGAACGACCUGAACGGAGUAGGUCAGCGUCCGUUUACUCUGAACAUUCCCAGUUGCAAAGGCCAAACAUUUUUGAAAGAGAAAAGCUUGGAUGUGGGCUCAAGCACAAGGACAAUCUCUCCUGUAUCUCUGUGAGGAACCAAUCAGAUUGCCCUCAGAAUGCACCACUUGCUGCUGUGUAUACUGGGGAAGAUGAAGAAUUUGUAAAACCUGUUUACGCACCCCCCCACCCCAUCCUAGGAGAAAAAAAACCCAUUAUUUUCCAAAGCAUGUUAAAGACCUCUGCCAGACUUGAAUAGCAUGCUGAGAAAUAACUGUGUUAAAUGUUUCUUCAUAUUGAAUGAACAAAGGUGGACUUUGGGUACUUUUUUUUUUUCAUGGUGACCAGUAUUUGGUAGGGAUGCACCGAAGCCAGGAUUCAGCCUUUUUUGCAUAUGCAAAUUUGGGGCUCGGGGGGAAAUUGCGUGACUUGUCGCAAAAACAAGGAAGUAAAAAAUGUUUUCCCCACCCAUGAUUUGCAUAUGCAAAUUAUGAUUCAGUUCGGUAUUCGGUACAUCCCUAGUAUUUAGUUUAGUUCAUUGUGUGCCAAAGAGGUCCUAGAACACUCUUUGGCUGUUUGGUGAGGUAGGAGUCUGCAGUCAGACAGCAUCAAAGUGGUCAGCGGUCCCCCAUCCUUUAUUUUUUUUUUAUUUAUUUUUUUUUAAGGCUUAUGCAAGCCAGCAGUAAGUAGCUCUUGUUGCAAUAUAAUGGACUGAAGACUUAUUUGCUGUACCUCUGCUGCACUGUCCAGAUGUCCAUCUUAUCGGUCAUAAGCUAGAAAUGGGUUUGUUUCAGUUGGCUCUCCAGAACCAUGGGGUAUUGAGAUUAUAUUCUCCCUACCCAACCCAUCUUUCAGACUUUUUUAUUGUUUUUGUUUAAAAGUGGUGUAUUAUGACCAUCCUGCUUGAAACGUUGAUCCUUCCUUGGCCCUUUCCCCGUACCAAUACAAAGAGUAUUGUAAGAUUCCUGCAGAGGAUGGUCCACUCUCCACUCUACUUCACCCUUGUGUAACGUAGAUCGGCAUCAAGGGUUUAUCUUUAUUAUAUUUUAUAUUCCUCUAGGUCCUACAGGCCUAGAAGCCAAGACGUGUCUGUGACAAUUUGUGACUGCCCUUAUAUCCCUUCAUUUUUCUGUUUAUUGAUGUGAAAUUAUUUAAUGCUCUUCUUGCUUGUUCGGGGCCAGCCCCGGCGUACAACUCAGUCGGUGACCCACCUCUCAGGAUCCGGGGACAAUAAGAUUGUCCUUAUUUAUAAAGUAGGUGGUACAAGAGCUUUCUCUUUAUUUGUUCUUUAUUUAUUUAUAUAAAUAUAUAUAAAUGUG